AUGCCAGGUAUGGGUUCUAAUACUUGGAUAAUUAACACUGGUGCUUCUGAUCAUAUGACUUAUGAUACCAAUAUGUUUGAUGAGUUGUCUCGUAACCCUCAUGACCCCUGUAUUACUAGUGCUAAUGGUUUACCUUCCCCAGUUACCGAUGAAGUACUGGCUGCAGCAGUUCGUGGGUGUGUGGCUAAUAAAGUCCAGGUGGCAGUGUCAAAGACAAACAACAACUUUGGCUGUGGCAUCUUCGCUUAG